AGUCCUCCCCUGACCAGCCCAGCAGGUUUGGGUGUGGAUCAAGUGAAACUCUAUUGACUUCCCCAUUUCGGUGCUUUUUGAACAGAGAUCAAGCGAAGCAACCUCCGGUUUACCCAGCAGGUUUUAUUGAAAUCGAACAUAUAAAAAGAAAAGAAACAUUAAAUAAGUAGGUACAGGGUGAGUUUAAUCAAAACCCUUUUACAAAGGAGUUACCUGUCAUGGCUGGGAUUUCCUUUCCAGGGUUUGGUUUGCUGUUUCUGUUAAUGGUUUUGGAAAGUCAUGUGAAAGCAGAAUGGAUUGUUCCACCGGUUAAAGUAAGAGAACAUGAAGACUACUCCAGCAAAAACCCAAUUGCCAAAAUUCGAUCUGAUGUACCAGGUGUAGUUAGAUAUGAAAUUGUUGGUGAAGGAGCUGAUCAGAAACCUUAUCACUUAUUUACUAUUAAUCCAGACAAUGGUGAAAUUAGCAUCACAGCAAUUGUUGACAGAGAAGAAAAGGCUAUCUACAAACUGAUAGGACGUGCUUAUAACUCUGCAGGAAAACAAGUGGAAAGUAAUAUUGACCUGAAGAUUAAAAUUGAAGACGUUAAUGAUAACAGCCCGAUGUUCACGCAGAAAACAUUUUCUGGGAGCGUUUAUGAACUGAGUGAGAUAGAUACUUUUGUAAUGCAAAUAAAUGCAACUGACGCAGAUGAGCCAAACUCAAGAAAUUCACUCAUUGCUUACGAAAUACUUGAACAGAGCCCUGCAGAUAUGUUUUAUGUUGAAAGGAACACUGGCAGAAUUAUGGUAGCAGAGACUACCCUUGACAGAGAGAAACAGUCAAAGUAUACUCUUACGGUACAAGCCAAAGAUUUGGAUGGAGAAUCGGGUGGUCUGGCUAACACAGUACAACUUGACAUUAAAAUUAAAGAUGUCAAUGAUAAUGCCCCAACACUGGAGAUGGAGUCUUAUGAAGGUAGUGUUGUUGAAAAUACAAAAGGCGUGGAAGUAAUGAGAAUGAAAGCCCUUGAUGCAGAUGAAGAAUUUUCAGACAACUGGCUUGCUGAAUUCGAAAUUGAAUCAGGCAAUGAAGGGGGUUACUUCAGGAUUGAGACAGAUCCUAAGACUAAUGAAGGGAUUUUGAUUCUACAAAAGGAAGUUGACUUUGAAGAAUUACAGAGCCUUGCCCUUGGAGUUGUUGUCAGAAACAAAGCAGCUUUCCACAGUUCUGUUGUAACCACCAGCACUAAUGUUAAUAUAGGUGGAGGUGGAGGUGGAGGAGGAAGUGGAGGAGGAGGUGGAGGAGGAGGUGGAGGAGGAAGUGGAGGAGGAGGUGGAGGAGGAAGUGGUUUUGGAUCAGGUGGAGGAUCCUCCUCAUCUUCUUUCACUCUAAAAAAAUUUCCAGUUAAAAUCAAUGUGAAAAAUGAGCCAGAAGGUCCCAAGUUUUCCCCAAAGGUAAAAGCAAUUCCCAUUUCUGAGGAGACAUCAAAAGUCGAUCUUUCAAAAGUAAUUGCAAAGUAUCCAGCCAUUGAUGCAGACACUGGAAAAAUUGCUGAGAGAGUCAAGUAUGUAAAGAAAUAUGAUCCUGAUAAUUGGCUGAUAAUUGAUCCGAAGACUGGAGAUAUUAAACUUGCAAAAGUACCAGACCGUGAAUCAAAAUUUUUAGUUAAUGGCACAUACACUGCAGAAAUAUUGGCCAUUACAGAUGAUUUGCCUGCAAAAACCGCCACUGGUACUGUUGCAAUCCAGGUAGAAGACUUCAAUGAUCACUGUCCAACUCUUACAAGUACCUCUACAGACAUGUGUUCCGAUGACAAAUCAGUGAUAGUCACAGCUGUAGAUGAAGAUGCGGAUCCCAAUAGUGUCCCAUUCAAAUACAAGAUUGUUGAUGAACCUGAGGGUACAGCGCAGAACUGGAAAGUUGAACCUCUCAAUGGAACUAGUAUGCUACUUAGACCCACAAAAACCUUUUGGCCUGGUCAAUAUGGUGUACCCCUUUUAAUAUAUGAUCAGCAGGGGAAAUCCUGUAGUGACAAACAGGUUUUAAAAAUUGCCGUCUGCACCUGUACAAAUACCAGGGCCUGUGCACCACUGUCUGGCAGACUUCAAUCAACUGGAGCUAGACUUGGAGCUGCGGCUAUUGGUCUUAUGAUUCUAGGACUCUUACUGCUGCUACUUGUGCCUCUUCUGCUGCUAUUUUGUUCAUGUGGGGCUGGAGCGGCAGGUGAUUUUGUCCCAAUUACUGAUGGUUCAGCAGGACAUUUGAUUUCAUAUGACAUGGAAAAAAUGGGUGAAGAUAAGGCAGUUCCAGCUCUUCUAUCAUCAGUGGACAUCAAUGGAAAAGGGGGCAGUGGUAUGAAGACACCAGGAUUUGGAGCAUCCGCUAUACACACAAGCAACAGCAACUUCGUGGGUUCUGCUGAACAAAUGCAGUGGAUUAGAAGACCAGUAGCAGUUGGAUAUGACUUGGUGGGAUCGGGAUAUGGGUCUGGUUAUGAAGCAGAAUGGCAGCACUCCAAGAGAGGGAGUGUAGAUGCCUUUGAGGGUGUCGCUCUACCUGAGGCUUACUUGGAACAGUACUAUGCGGAGAAGGCUAACUAUGUUUCAGCGGAAGGUCUGAAAGAUGCCAUGUUGGUGUAUGAUUACGAAGGCCAAGAGUCCCCUGUGGGUUCGAUAGGAUCUUGUAGCUUUAUUGAAGAAGAUCUGGACCAAAGCUUCCUAAAUGAACUAGGACCAAAGUUUAAGACUCUUGCUGAAAUCUGCAGGGGCACAGAGAUGACUUCAGGAGUUUCAGUUGAGCAGCCUAGUGUUGCUUUUCAGCACACCACCAUGUCCACUAACUCAGCCAUCACCAAUAAUUGUGCGGUGACCAACAAAACCAAUGAGGUGACCAGCCCAGUUCCAGCACUCCAGGUCCAAAAGAAUGUGGUUGUUACAGAAAAUGUGUCUCCUCCUCAGCCAACCGUGUAUCUCCAGAAAAAUGUAGUUGUUUCUGACCCUGGCUAUGUUCAACAGCCUGUAUACUAUGCCACUAACCCAGUCAUUCAGACCACUCGAUACAUUGUUGAGCCACAGAUCCAAAGGAAUGUUGUGAUAGAAAGGUCUUCUGUCCCUGGCUUGCAAGGUCAUCUUCUAAUGAGUGACAUUCCAAGCAAUCCGAAUGUGAUGGUGACCCAGAAGAGAUUGGUGCAUGGCUCGGAUAUUCAGGGUGGCAUGGUGGUGGGGUUAGAUCAGGGUACUCUGCGCACAAGUGAAAUGCCAAGCUCACAGAAUGUGUUACUGCUAGAAAAUAGAGGUUUUGAUCAGGGAAGCAUGCGCUUUAGUGAACCUGUCUCUCAGAAUGUGGUCUUGACAGGGAAGAGAGUGGUGUCUGGACAUAAUGUGCAGGGUGGCAUGAUGGGGUAUGAACUAGGCAGCUUGCACAGGAAUGUAAUGCCUGGUUCACAGAAUGUAAUCGUAACAGAGAAGACAGUGGUAUCUGAUUCCAGUAUGCAGGGUGGAAAGAUGGGGUUUGGUCAGGGUACUCUGCGCAUGAAUGAAAUGCCAGGCUCACAGAAUGUGGUGAUGCUAGAAAAUAGAGGUUUUGAUCAGGGAAGCAUGCGCUUGAGUGAACCUGUCUCUCAUAAUGUGGUGUCUGGACAUAAUGUGCAGAGUGGCAUGAUGGGGUAUGAACUAGGCAGCUUGCACAGGAAUGUAAUGCCAGGCUCACAGAAUGUAACGGUAACAGAGAAGAGAGUGGUAUCUGGAAGUAGUGUGCAGGGUGGUUUAAUAGGAUGAAAUAAGAUGCACUUGGCAUAUAUAAAAAGUUGUUUAACAAACAAGUGUGAGUGAGGACAGAUUUAAAAUUAAGCCCACAACAUCGACGGAACACCUUAGAAUGGAAUGGUUCUAUAUCUUACAUUUGAAUUAAGUAUUAUAGGAUUCCGUAUCCAAGUCAAAUUUAAUUUUAUCCAAGGUUUAUGCCAGGGUUCUGGGAAUACAGUAAUUCAUUUUUAAUUUUCAAGGACUGUUUAUGUAAAAUACAAUCUAUAUGGAUAAAUAAAUGCUUGUGUCCUGUAUUUGUGUGUGUGUACGUAUAUAUAAAAUAUUGUAAUCUAAACAGUAAUCAGUAGAUUAACUUGUUAGGUUUAAAGGCUUGGGGCAUGGUUGAUGCUUUGGGGUUGGAUCAGGUGUGCUGUACAGGCCUCUUUAAACACUAAUGGGGUUCUAUACGCUUUGUGCAUCUCAUCAUUGCUUUUUAAAAGACUUGAAUAGAAGGUAGUUGUUCUGGAAGUGAGUGAAUAUUUCCAAGAAUUUAACACAAUUCAUGAUUUCAUAAGCAGGUAUUGCCUUUUUCUAUUGAAAAUUAUCAUUGGUGGUGUUGGGUUAUCGGAGAUAGAAAAUGUCGGGGGUUCCUAAAGGUGCUGUACAGACGUUCUAUGUUUAGUUUCUCUGAAAUACAAAUGUACCAGCUUUACUUUUUUUUUUUUUUUUUUUUUUAUACGUAUUCAUUAAUGAACAUUUCUAUACUGUGAGUGUUGUCGAGUGAUUGAAAACGAGACAUUUUGUGUGUUGAAUUGAAAGUGAUGGUCUUGAGGGUCAAAGUAUAUUUUCAUCUAGAGGAAUUAUCACUUUUUGACCUCACUACCUUGGUAUUAUCACUUUUUUCGAAUGGCUCAGGAUUCAACUAUAGCCUUCAUCCAUGUAUUUAUAUAUAUAUAUAUAUAUAUAUAUAUAUAUAUAUAUAUAUAUAUAUAUAUAUAUAUAUAUAUAUAUAUAUAUAAUCGAUAUAUAUAUAAAUAAAAGGGUUCUUCCCAGGCCUUUUCAGCCACGUGCGUCACCUGGGAAAGUAGCUGUCUCCGCCCGGCUGAAAAAAACCCGAUCCGCCCGUCUUGCAGAUGCUAUUGUGCCUUUAACAAUAAGGAUUGAUUGCCCUUCUAGCAAAAUAAUGUAGAACAUAAAAAAGCACAACCAGAGAUAGUCAACGAAAGACAACACAUUAUUCAAAUGCUUUGUCGUAUUAUAUAUUUAAGGUAAGACAAGUUUAUUUUUCCGUUAAUAGACCUCCCGGCUAUAAUGUUCUGCCGCCCCGCUGUACAGAAUUCCUGGGGAGAACCCUGAUAUAUAUAACAAAAUAAGAUUCAAAUGAAAAAAGAACAAUUUAUAUUAAGAUUAUUUACAGGUUUUAAAAAUGUUUUUAAUUUGUCAUUUUUCUUAAGUGGGCCGCAGUGCUUAAUGCAGCUUCACAGAUGGGCCUCUGGUAAAAAAAAGUUUGGGAACAUCUGUAUCAAGUGAUGCAAACAACCAUUUUUUUUUUUUUUUUUUUACAUAAUUGUAUGUAUUUACGAAACAAACCAUUUUUUAAAUGAUUCACCUUUUAAUGCAAUAAUAUGUAUUCAAGGUAGAUGCACUGGAAAAACAAUAUUUGUAUGUAUGCUUUUUAAGACGGUGGUUGUUUUUUAUAUUGGUAUUUCAAUGGUCUGUUUAAUCCUUUUUUUUAAAUAAAAUAAACUAUAAAGCAUC